GGAGGGAGGGUGCUGGGGGGACAACCCCCCACCAUUCCUGCCGCUAUGGGUUCAGGCUCCCACGCCCACCUCCCCUCCAUCGGCCGGGGCUAGGACGCCCCCAAGUCCCGUCGCCCCCCCUUGGCACCGACAGAGACACAGCCGCCACCACCGCUGCCGCAGCCUGGCUGGGGAGGGGGCCGGCCCCCCAGGCCCCCCACCCCCACUGAGGUGGCCAGAAUGGAGCUGUGGUCCGGGGCAUGGACGGUGCUGCUGCUGCUCUGCCUGCUGCUGCUCAUCUUGCUGCCCACCCUGUGGUUCUGCAGUCCCAGUGCCAAGUACUUCUUCAAGAUGGCCUUCUACAACGGCUGGAUCCUCUUCCUGGCUGUGCUCGCCAUCCCUGUGUGUGCCGUGCGGGGCCGCAACGUCGAGAACAUGAAGAUCUUGCGUCUAAUGCUGCUCCACAUCAAAUACCUGUAUGGGAUCCGAGUGGAGGUGCGAGGGGCUCACCACUUCCCUCCCUCUCAGCCCUACGUUGUCGUCUCUAACCACCAGAGCUCCCUCGACUUGCUUGGGAUGAUGGAGGUGCUGCCAGGCCGCUGCGUGCCCAUUGCCAAGCGUGAGCUCCUGUGGGCUGGCUCUGCGGGGCUGGCCUGCUGGCUGGCAGGAGUCAUCUUCAUUGACCGGAAGCGCACAGGGGAUGCCAUCAGUGUCAUGUCUGAGGUCGCCCAGACCCUGCUCACCCAGGACGUGAGGGUCUGGGUUUUUCCAGAGGGAACAAGAAACCAUAAUGGGUCCAUGCUGCCCUUUAAACGUGGAGCCUUCCACCUUGCAGUGCAGGCCCAGGUUCCCAUUGUCCCAAUAGUCAUGUCCUCCUAUCGAGACUUCUACUGCAAGAAGGAGCGCCGCUUCACAUCAGGGCGAUGUCAAGUGCGGGUGCUGCCCCCAGUGCUCACAGAAGGGCUGACACCAGAUGACGUCCCAGCGCUGGCUGACGGAGUCCGGCACUCCAUGCUCACCGUUUUCCGGGAAAUCUCCACUGACGGCCGGGGUGGGGGUGACUAUGUGAAGAAGCCUGGGGGAGCAGGCGAGGCCCGGCUCUGAGCUCCCCUCCCAUCAUCCCACCUUCCCACACCUGCCAACCCAGUGGGCCCUGAAGCAGGGCCAGGCUGUCUAUCUUCUUCCCCCUCCCACCACAUAGUCUCCUCUUUGGAACCGUCAACUUCUGAAUGUGAAUCCAGCACCACUCCUUGCCCCUCCCCUGCCCUCCCUCUAGCCCUCACCUCCUGCCACCUUGUCUGUGGGACAGUCACCUUUCCCUCAAGUGGCUCAGCUGACACAGGGGUGUGGAACAUUGCAGUCCAACCUCAGUGGACUCUCCUUUGUGCUCCUCUCCCUCUGCAUUGACCGUGGACUCCUCUGUUCUGUGGAAUAAGCCACCCCCCCUCCCCCGCAGGAUGGAUUCGGUGGACUCUUCCCCUUGGGAGGAGGAGGAGCCCACAGACUGUGGCUGGAAGCUGAGGCCUGGGGAGCCCCUCAGCCACCCCCCCAUGCAGCCUCUGCCAGCUGGGGCUGGACUCUUACAACUGGGGGCUCGGCCCUGCCUGGGCCCACAUACCCAGGGUUGACACCCUUCCAAAUGCCAGUAUGAUCUCCACGUUUCUGCCUCUUCCCCACCCCACCCCCACGGUACAAUUCUUCAGGGGGCCUGGCCUCAACAUGAGCAGGAGGCAGCCAGCAGGUGCUGCACGCACUUUCUGCUCCUGGGGAGUCGGGGAAAGGAACCGAACCCCGGGCUGGAGGGGUAGGAAGGCUUUAAUUUAUUUUCUUUCUUUCGAGUUUCCCCCUCUUGGAGCCAGUUUUCAUUUCCUCCCAGUGGCAUUAGGCUCUCCCUGCUGCCCACUCCAGGCCUGUUCCCACAAUUGGGGGAUGUGGGCUGGGAGCAAAAGGAGAGGUUGGGACCCAGUUUUUGUGGUUGGUUUUUAUUCAUAAUCUGGAUAACAGCAAGAAAAUGAAAAUAAAGAGAGAGAGAGAGA